AUAAGUUCGACCCUGGGGACUGGCCAUCUUGUGAGCAGCAUGCUGGAGAGGGUCCCGUGGUCUUAUCCAGUGUGGCUCUUCUGAGGCCCUCAGUCAGUGUAAAGGAGGAUGUGUUUACAUACAAAAAGCAGAUGUGGUAUAAAUGAAUAAACAAGGUAUAAACAAAUGCCUGUUUCUUGUAGGAAAGGGGUGGUGGAAGGAUUUGAAAUGGGGUCUGGGGUUGGGUUGGCAACAGGUGUAUCUGUGUUUUCCUCCCUCUCUCCUCUUUUUCUCAAAAAAGAUCCGACAGUGCAGCAACGAGGCCCUUCAGGUCCUGCUUAAAGCAGAAAUGGAGAAUGGAGUUAAGAUGAAAGAGCAGGACUUGCCUGGCUGUGAGGCAGGAAGCGGCUCUCAUGAAAUCCCGCAACGGAGCAGUAUAGAGCUCUGGGAAAGAGGCAUGGAGGAGGACAUGGGUGCGAGCAGACUCAGCUCAGAUGCGGCUCGCAAGCACUUCAGGCAGUCGGGCCUCUACCUGGAGGCUGAGGGGCCCCGAGCAGUUUGCAGCCACCUCCACCGUCUCUGCCGUCAGUGGCUGCGGCCAGAAAGCCACACGAAGGCUCAGCUGCUGGACCGUGUGACCCUGGAGCGGUUCCUUGCCAUCCUUCCCCCACGGCUGGAGAGCUGGGUGAGGGAGUGCGGAGCAGAGACCAGUGCCCAGGCAGUGGCCCUGGCCGAAGGCGCCAUGCUGAGCCAGGCAGGGAAGAGGAAGCAGGAAGAGGAGCAGGUUCAGCGAAUGGUGGACAAAGCAGCCGCAGGGUUCCCAGUGGCAGAGAAGGCUCCGUUGGAUCCCACACUGGGGCUCCUGUCUAGGGGGAUCAUGCAGGGAGUAGACAGGGGACCCUUGUCUUCUGUUAAGGAAAAGGGAACAGCCUGUAGGGAGGAUGGAAUGACACUCAGCAUUCCUUCAAGGCCUCCUUCGGCUUGUGGUGGAGGGGAAACAUCUUCCCUACAUGCAGAAAAGGGUGUGACGAGCCUCGAGGAGGUGGCCGUGCAUUUCUCGGAGGACGAGUGGGCCCUGCUGGACGCUGGCCAGAGGGCUCUGCACCAGGAGGUCACAGAGGAGAUCCUGGCUUCUCUGGCGGAUUGCAGGGGGAGCAACAGAAACAGUGUGCAUCAAGGACAGGGGACAGCAGACAAAGAAAACUGUUGUGAUGAGUCCAUUUCUUUUGAGCGGGCCGAGUUCUGUGCUGUUCCAAUGGCACCUUCUGAAGGAAGGAAUAAGAAUAUUUGCAGUGGGGAAAGACGGUGGGGAAACUCCAAGGACAUAAGGAGGCAACAGAUCCAGCUUUCCAGGAAGCAAGAUAUUGACAAAGAGGGGAAUUGCUUCAAGUGCUUGAAGUCUGAAAAGAAAUUCAGUUGUAGGUCAGACUCUAACACAGAAAAAAGAAUUCCCACGGGGAAAGAACCAGACAAAUGCUCAGAGGGGAAUGAGUGUUUCAGUCCUAAUGAAAGCCUUCCCUCACAUCAAACAGGUUGCAUAAGCAAGAGACCUUACAAGUGUUUGGAGUGCGGAAAGUGUUUUGCUAAGAGAGGCUGGCUUCAAGCACAUCAAAAAAGCCACAUAAGAGAAACACUGUAUAAACGUUUAGAUUGUGGAAAGGGCUUCCCUCAGAAUUCAAAUCUUGUAUCUCAUGAAACUAUUCCCAAAGCUGGGAAACCUCAUAAAUGCUCGCAGUUUGGAAAGAGCUUCAGUGAAAUCAUGGGCCUUGAAAAACAUCUCUCAAUCCACACAAAAGAAAAGCCCUUUCAGUGCUCAGUGUGUGGAAAGAGUUUCUGUCAAAAUGUAAACCUUAAGGUACAUCAGAGAAUCCACACAAAUGAGAAGCCUUUUAAAUGCUCAAAAUGUGAAAAGGCCUUCCGUCACAGCAUGAGCCUUAAAAGGCAUUUCACAAUCCACACAGGAGAGAAGCCCUUUCAGUGCUCUGUGUGUGGAAAGAAUUUCCGUCAAAACAUACACCUUAAACUACAUCAGAGAAUCCAUACAAGGGAGAAGACCUGUACUUGCUCUGAAUGUGGGAAGAGCUUCCUUGACCACGGAAGGCUUAAAAAACAUGAAAAAAUUCACUUGGGGGAGAAGCCGUAUAAAUGCUUAGAUUGUGGAAAUGGCUUCUCCCAGAAUUCAAACCUUGUAUCUCAUGAAACAAUUCUGGAAGCUGGGAAACCUCAUAAAUGCUCCCAGUGUGGAAAGAGCUUCAGUGAAAACAUGGGCCUUAAAAAAGAUCUCGCAAUCCACACAGAAGAGAAGCCCUAUAAAUGUCCUGAUUGUGGAAGGAACUUUGCUCAAAAAUCACACCUUAACUCACAUAAGGUAAUUCACACAGGAGAGAAGCCCUUUCAGUGCUCUGUGUGUGGAAAGAGUUUCCGUCUAAAUGAUCAUCUUAAGGUGCAUCAGAGAAUUCACACAAAUGAGAAGCCAUUUAAAUGCUCAAAAUGUGAAAAGGCCUUCCGUCACAGCAUGAGCCUUAAAAGGCAUCUCACAAUCCACACAGGAGAGAAGCCCUUUCAGUGCUCAGUGUGUGGAAAGGAUUUCCGUCAAAACAUACACCUUAAGAUACAUCAAAGAAUCCACACAAGGGAGAUGACCUGUACUUGCUCUGAAUGUGGAAAGAGCUUCCUUGAUCGUGGAAGGCUUAGACAUCAUCAAAGAAUUCACUCAGGGGAGAAACCAUAUAAAUGCUUAGAGUGUGGAAAGUGCUUCACGUGGCACUUUCAGCUUAAGGUGCAUCGAAGAAUCCACACAGGGGAGAAGCCGUAUAAAUGUUUCAAGUGUGGAAAGACCUUUACUCACAAGACAUACCUUAAGUCACAUAAAAGAAUUCACUUGGAAGAAAAGCCCAUUCAGUGUUCAAUGUGUGGAAAAGGUUUCCGCCAUAACACAGAACUGAAAGUACAUCAGAGAAUCCACACAGGGGAGAAACCCUACACCUGCUCUGAAUGUGGGAAGAGCUUCAUUGAUUGCACAAGGCUUAAAAAUCAUCAAAGAACCCACACAGGGGAGAAGCCCUACACCUGCUCUAAAUGUGGGAAGAGCUUCACUUGGCAGUCUCAGCUUAAGUGGCACCAAAGAAAUCACGCAGAGGAGAAGGCUUAUAAAUGCUUUGAGUGUGGAAAGAGCUUUGCUCAGCACUCACACCUUAACUCACAUAAAAGAAUUCACGUGGAAGAGAAGCCCAUUCGGUGCUCAGUGAGUAGAAGGGGUUUCCGUCGAAACACACAACUUAAGUUACAUCAGGGAAUGCACAAAGAGGAGAAGCCCUACUCUUGCUCUGAAUGUGGGAAGAGCUUCCUUCAUGCCAGAAGGCUUAAACGGCAUCAAAUAAUUCACACGGGAGAAACUUCUGUCCCCGCUCAGGCCGGGGAAAGGCGAGGCGGCAGCUUCCUUCGUGGAAUCGCCGCGUCACUCUUUUCUCUCAACAAAGAACCGGCAAUGCAGCAAGAGCCCCUUCAAGUCCUUCUGAGAGCAGAAAUGGAGAGUGGAGUGAUGAGAGAAGGUGGCUUGGCUGGCUGUGAGUUAGGAAUCGGCUCCCAUGAAAUUCUCCAAGGGAGCAGUAUGGUACUCUGGGAAAGAGGCACGCAGGAGGACAUCGGGAGGAGCAGACUCAAUUUAGAUGAGGCACGCCAGCGCUUCCAGCUGCUGGACCCCUACCUGGAGGCAGAGGGGCCCCGAGCAGUGUGCAGCCGCCUCCACCAUCUCAGCCGUCAGUGGCUGCAGCCAGAAAGCCACACGAAGGCUCAGCUGCUGGACCAGGUGAUCCUGGAGCGGUUCCUGGCCAUCCUUCCUCCAUGGCUGGAGAGCUGGGUGAGGGAGUGCGGAGCAGAGACCAGUGCCCAGGCGGUGGCCCUGGCCGAAGGCGCAGUGCUGAGCCAGGCAGAGGAGGCGAAUCAGGAAGAGGAGCAGGUUCAGCGAAUAUUGGGCAAAGCAGCUGCAGAUUUCCCCGAGGCAGGAAAGGUUCUGCCAGAUCCCACACUCGGGCUCCUGUUGAGGGGGAUCGUGCAAGAGGUGGACAGGGGACCCCUAUCUCCGGGUGAGGAAAAGGGAAUGACCUGCAGGGAUGAUGAAGUGACACUGAGCGUUCCUCUGAGGCCUCCUUCGGUUUGUGGUGGAGUGGAGACACCAUCCCUGCAUGCAGAAAAGGGUGUGACGAGCCUCGAGGAGGUGGCCGUGCAUUUCUCGGAGGACGAGUGGGCCCUGCUGGACGCUGGCCAGAGGGCUCUGCACCGGGAGGUCACGCAGGAGAUCCUGGCUUCUCUGGCGGAUUGCAGGGGGAGCAAUAGAAACGGUGUGCACCAAAGACAGGAAACUACACAGAAAGAAAACUGGAAAAAUGUGUCCAUUUUUUCUGAAUGGUCAGAAUUCUGUGAUGUUCCAAUGGCACAAGCACUUUCUGAAGGUGGCAGAAGCAGUAUUUGCAAUGAGGAGAAGAGUUUCAUGUGCUCCAAGUAUGCAGAGGAAUUCACUGGCAGCUUAGAGCUUAAUAAAGAAAAAAUAAUUCACGUGGAGAAGCGUUAUAAAUGUUCAGAGUGUGGAAAGCAGUUCUCUUGGCCCUGUUAUCUUAAGUGGCAUCAAAGGACCCACACAGGGGAGAAGCCGUAUAAAUGCUCAGAAUGUGGAAAGUCCUUUGCUUUGAUCUCAGGGCUUAACAGACAUAAGGUAAUCCACAGAGAAGAGAAGCCCUUCCAGUGCUCAGUGUGUGGAAAGGGUUUCAGUCAAAAGGCACACUGUAAGGCCCAUCAGAGUACCCACCUCGGGAGGACGGCCUGCUCUGAGUGUGGGAAGAGCUUCCUUGAUUGCGAAAAGUUGAAACAGCAUCAAAGAAUUCACACUGGGGAGAAUCUGCACAAAUGUUUGGAUUGUGGAAAGAGUUUCUCUUGGCCCUCUCACCUUAAGGUGCAUCAAAGAACUCACACAGGGGAGAAGCCAUGUAAAUGUUCAGAAUGUGGAAAGGCCUUUGCUCGGAAAUCACAGCUUAAUGCGCACAAAGCAGUCCACACAGGGGAGAAACUCUUUAAGUGCUUAGCCUGUGGGAAGAACUUUGCUGCGAAAGCACAUCUUAGGAAACAUAAGGUAAUUCACAGAGAAGAGAAGCCCUUGCAGUGCUUAUUGUGUGGAAAAGGGUUCAGUCAGAAGGUACAGCUCCAGGUCCAUCAGCAUACCCACGCUGGGGAGAAGCCAUACAUUUGCUCUGAAUGUGGGAAGAGCUACCUUGAUUUCAAGAAGCUUAAACAGCAUCAUAGAAUUCACACAGGGGAGAAUCUGCAUAAAUGCUUAGAGUGUGGGAAGGGCUUCACUUUGCGCUAUCAACUUAAGUUGCAUCAAAGAAAUCACACAGGUGAGAAGCCAUAUAAGUGCUCAGAAUGUGGAAAGGGCUUUGCUCAGAAAUCGCACCUUAACUCGCAUAAAGUAAUUCACACAGGAGAGAAGCCCUUUCGGUGUUCAGUGUGUGGAAAGGAUUUCAUUCAAAAGAGACACCUUAAGGUACAUCAGGAUACUCACACAGGAGAGAAGUCCUUUCUGUGCUCAGUGUGUGGAAAGGCUUUCAGUCGAAACACAAAUCUUAAGGAACAUCAGAGAAUCCACACAGGAGAGAAUCCCUUCACCUGCUCUGAAUGCGGGAAGAGCUUCCUUUAUUGUGGAAGGCUUAAACGACAUCAAAGAAUUCACACAGGUGAGAAGCCAUAUAAGUGCUUCGACUGUGGAAAGGCCUUUAAUCAAAAUGCAUCCCUUCUAAGCCAUUGCAGAACCCACACAUGGGCGAAGCCGUAUAAAUGCUUAGAGUGUGGAAAGUGUUUCAGUCGGAGCAUGUACCUUGAGGAACAUCAAUAUAUACACACAGGGGAGAGACCCUACCAGUGCGUCAACUGUGGGAAGAGUUUUCGUAGUGACAGGUAUCUUAAACAGCACGAAAGAACCCACACAACGGAGAAGCCCCAUGUAUGCCCAGAGUGUGGAAAAAGCUUCCGUCAGAGUUCAGACCUUAAAUAUCAUCAAAGUGUACACACAGGGGAGAAACCCUACAAGUGCUCUGAGUGUGGAAAGAGCUUCACUCGAAGUCGCAGCCUUAACAGUCAUAAAAAAAUUCAUACUGGAUUGAGCUGUGUAGAUGUUCAGAUCGCAGAAUGAGUUUCCAGGAUAGUGAAAAUGUGUGUUUUCAGCAAAUCUGCACACAUGAACAUUUGUAUAUGCCUAGUGUGCAAGAGUGCAACCUCAGUUGUGUGUGGUGCUGUGUUGUUGUUUUUCAAAUGCUUCCUUUUUUGAAAAGAACAAGCAUUCAGAAACAAAUUUAACAUUGUCAAUAUUCCUUUCCCCUCCACCUGUAGAUUGAAUUACUUAAAAUAGUCUACAGUCCUCCUGGGUGCAUGUUGGUUAUACAGAAACUAUUAGCAUAAUAACUUGCUGGCCCUAUCCUCCCAUAUUCAAUUACAAAAAAGGAACACACCAGGGAUGCUCAUUAUCUCCACUUCUGUUUUCCCAUAUAUUGGAAAUUUUAGCCACAAAAAUAAGAUUCAAAAAUGAAAGGCUUGAAUGUAGAAAGAAAAACAUUCAGAAUGAAAAGUUAUGCGGAUGAUGUACUGACAAUUUUAAAUCCUCAUCUAUCAAUACAACAUAUAAUAGAUCAAAUUGAAAAAAUGCAUCUAUUUCUGUUAUAAGUAACAAGAAUGAAAUGAAAUUUUAAAGUU